AUGCUCAACAAUAUAAAUUCGACAACAUCGACGGCUCUUGAUGCGUACAUUAUCUACAAUAGUCACAGAGGAAUAUUGCAAAUCUCGGUUAUAACCCUCUCCUUCCUAACCACGCCUCUCACUUUGUGGAGCCGGCCUCCCGAGAUCGGCGAGAUGGACCUCAACGGUCCCAGCCGACUCCGUCCUCGAAAAUCUACCGUCGGCGACCGCUUCCUCGGCUCUUCUAUCCAGCAUGACAACACUAGCUCCUCCUCCGCCCCAGCCUCAAGCGCCGGUGUCGAGCUCAACGAAGACGACGUUCUCUGGACCGGAGAAUUUUCCGACUUGGACCAUCACCACCACUCAACCCCUCCGUCCUCCGCUUCAUCCACCCCUCACCACAACCUCUUACACAAUCACCACCACAAGAGUUUCGCUCGGUCCGAGAGUUUCGGCAUCCUCGCAGCGCUCCCUGAGAAUGAAACGUCCCCCAACCUCCGAAACGUUUCGCAUUUGUACCCAAAGGCUUCACUCUCGGUCUCUUCCUCGUCCUCCUCACCCUCCAUUUCCUCACGUAUCAUUCCGACGAUCCCCAAACCUUCGCAGGAUCGAAUGUCGUUGCCUUCCUCGGUCAGGUACCAGUCGGCGCCAGUGAACGUGCCGGUCCUGGCCAAGGCCAUGCGGAAGCAUCGCGAAUUCGACGACAUUGAUGACGUUGACGAUGAUGGGGACGGCGAGAUGUUGCCACCGCACGAGAUUGUGGCGAGAGUUCAGUCGCCGAUGCUCGCGUGCUCCGUGCUUGAAGGCGCAGGGAGGACGCUCAAGGGGAGGGAUCUUCGCCGGGUUCGGAAUGCGGUGUGGCGGCAAACAGGUUUUCUUGAUUAA